AAUGGUCAACCACCUGCCCUGUCCGUCCAUAGAUUACAGGCACAUUGAAGAAGCAUGAGCAACCUUUCACCAUAGUUGAAGAGCAACACAAGAAUUUCAUGUCCGAUCAAAUUAAUGCCAUCUUUAGGCCCCCCUUCUCACCUUAAUCUCCUCCCAUCUAAACACUUCAAUUCUGCCGGGACACAACAAACUCAACUCCAACACCACAACUAUAUAUCCACCCCACACAUCAUCAACAACAACAACCCAAUUCAUAAAACACUAACAUUCUUCAUCGGAUCGUUUACUUUCCUCGUCCUCCUCGUUGUCUGAUCUUCCUCGUACGUCAUGGUUUUGGGUCAAGGAGAUCUUUAAUUGAACGCCGGCGAUAUGAUCAUGAAAGGCGAUGGAGAGACGGCUUGUUUUGAUGUGUCCAUUGAGACGACGUCGUCUUCCUCGUCGUGUGAGAGGGCUAAGGCUUAUCAAGAAAUGCAAUCCAAUGCAAGCUCUACCAGCAAUGAAGAAGCAGCUAUCAACUGCAAGAGAAGGCUUUGCAGUUUCCUUUCCAUGUUUAACAAAAUCUUCAUCCGCGAGAUAAUGGCAGAGGCAGUGGGGACAUACAUAUUAGUGUUUUGCAUAUGUGGGAUAAUAUCAAACAUGCAGCUGAUGGGAGUGCAAGUAGGGUUGUUGGAGUAUGCAGCCACUGCUAGUCUUACAGUAGUAGUUGUUGUCUUCUCCAUUGGGCCUAUUUCUGGAGCUCAUAUCAAUCCUUCUGUCACACUAGCUUUUGCAUCUCUUGGCCCUUUUCCCUGGCCCAAGGUUCCCUUUUAUAUAAUGGCACAAGUGGGAGGUUCUGUAUUUGCCACAAUUUCAAGCAGGCUGAUCUAUGGAGUGGAAUAUGAGCAUAUGAUGACAAGACCACUCCAUGGAUGCAAUGCAGCCUUCUGGGUAGAAUUCUUGGCAACCUUCCUUAUUCUCUUCCUAGCUGCUUCAAUGUCUAGUGAUCCUCAAUUUACAGGGAAAUUGGCAGGAUUUGUUGUUGGAGUAUGCAUUGGUCUUGGAGUGCUAAUCUCUGGGCCAGUUUCUGGUGGGUCAAUGAACCCGGCAAGAUCAUUAGGGCCGGCGAUUGCAUCAUGGAGCUUUGAUAGCAACUUGUGGAUCUAUGUCGUUGCUCCGACCACCGGAGCCGUCGCCGGCGUUUUCUUGUAUCGUCUUCUACGCCUCCAAGGCUGGACUUGCAAGCAUGCAGAUACUUCUCCAAACACUCCCUUACAUAAUAAUUAUAAUAAUCCU